AUGACAGUUAAUGGAACAACGGUUCAAUCUGUGAAUAUUAGAUCAGCAGUUGUUGACAUGAUCGCCUGGAUUUCUAAAUUUCAAAAUGUUUUUUUAGUUGCACAUAAUGGACGUAGGUUCGAUUUCCCAAUUUUGGUUACAACGCUAACAAAUCUCGGAGUUCUUGAUAAGUUUUCAAAGUGUGCAUUUAUGGAUUCUUUGUCUGUGUUUAGAAAACUUUAUCCUAAGCAAUCUUUGAAACAAGUUGACCUUGUAUCCUCUAUUCUUGGUGAAGUGUAUGAUGCACAUAAUGCCAUUGAAGAUGUAAGGGCACUCGGAAAGUUAAUUCAGCAUGUGAAUCUCCCAACUAAAGACUUAAUGGAACAUAAUUUCAGUCCAUCAGCAGUAGCCAACAACAUCAUGUUCAAUAGGACUAAAGCCUCAAAUUUACCGUCAUUGAAUCCUUUGCUUUAUACAGGAGUAAUGAAAAGACCUACUGCUGAAAACAUUGCAGGAUCUGGAUUAAAUUUGUCACAUUUAAAGCUGUUGUAUUGUCGCGGUGGGGAGGACGCUUUACGGGAUGUUUUCACAGCUAAGAAUUCUGAAGGCUUGCCUAGAGUCACAAAUCUACUAGGAAACAAGUUUAUAUUUUUAUACAUGGCACAUAUGUAUGGCAAUCUUGUGACGCUAUUGAGAGAUGAUAUAUCUUAA